AUGUCUGGAACAACGACGACAGUAACAUCAAAAGCAGCAAGUCUACUACCAACAUAUUAUCAAAAUACAACAACAAAAAAUCAUAAUCAACAAAAAAAAGAACAUUAUUUAUUCUUAAAACAACAAGAACAAGAACAACGAAUAAUAACGAUAUUUGAUGAUGCAACAUGGAAAACUAAAAAGCAUCGAGUACUCUUAGCAACACUUGCGCUUUUCUUAUGUUCUUUAUGGUUCGUCUCUCAUUUCAAUGGAGCAGGAUUUGAUAUUAAUUCAUUAAAAAAAUAUCAAGACAAUGCUGCUGCAAUGGCUGCUGCUAGUGUUAUGGGUGACGGAGCGGAAGAAGGAAUUCAUGGAUUAGAAGUACAAUCUCAUGGUUUCUCUGGUCCAUUAGGCCACCAUCACGAACAAGAAAUUGACGACAUAAUUCAUGAUAAUCCAGUUGUAAUAUUCAGUAAAACUUAUUGUCCAUAUUCCCGACGUGCAAAGCAUAUUCUUGCACAAUACGGUGUAGAACCACACCCAUAUAUUGUUGAAGUGGAUGCAAGAGAUGAUUCGGAAGAAGUAAAACUGGCGUUAUUUAAAUUCACUUAUCAGGCCACUUUUCCUAAUAUUUUCGUGGAUGGGUGGUCAAUUGGUGGCAGUGAAGAAGUAGCAAUUCUACAUGCUAAUGGGAAAUUGAAGGAUUUAUUAAUUGAUGCGGGUGUGUUAGCUGAAGAAAAAUAG